GUGUGCUCGACACUAAUAGUGAAUGUUAGCUAUAUUUUUAACACUACAUUCAGUAUGAUCCCUGUAUUUUCAUAUAUUUUCAUCUACGAAGGUCAAACCGAGUUUACAUUCCUUAGAUGACUUUCUCUCUAGCUUUCUCUAAUAAACUACCGUGACAAGUGUCAAAUUGUGUUAGAAAAUAAUAAUAACAUGAAGUUAAAAUAGCUUUAAUUGAUGAAUAAUAACAAUAUAAUAAUUAUUGUUGUUAUAAAAAAAAUGUUUGCGAGAUUUACGUUUUACCCAACGUUGGUGUAUAAUGUUUUAAUGGAAAGGAUAUCCACCAGACAAUGGUACAAUAGGAUCGACGACGUGGUUAUAUUGGGUGCUUUACCAUUCAAAAGUUUAACAAAAGAACUGAUAGAAAAAGAAAAUGUGAAAGCUGUUAUAUCAAUGAACGAAGACUACGAGCUUUUUUUAUCAAAUGACGCUCAGUCUUGGAAAGACGCAGGUGUAGAAUUUUUACAAUUAGCAACGACUGAUAUAUUCGCAACCCCCUGCCAAAGUAAAUUAAUAGAGGGUGUUAAAUUUAUCGAUAAAUAUGUUAAAAAAAGGCAUAUAGUUGAUGGUAUAUCUACGAAUUCGGUUUACGUCCAUUGUAAGGCUGGUAGAACGCGAAGUGCAACAUUGGUCGGCUGUUAUUUGAUGCAUAGAUAUGGGUGGUCGCCGGAAAGAGCUGUAGAACACAUGAAAGAUAAGAGGCCCCAUAUUUUGAUGCACACUAAACAAUGGGAGGCUUUGCGUAUAUUUAAAAUGUAUAAUAUGAGCAAUGUAAACUCGUGAAUUAUAUUUUUUUUGUGUUUUAA